GAGAGAGAGCGAGCACGAAGUCCAUUGAUGAAGUGUUGAGAGGAGCGAACGGGCUGUUUUCUGUUCAUUCCUCGCAACCAAGUCCUGCCGGAGGGAUUUCUUUCUUCCCCUUUUCUCCUUUUUUGUUUUUUUUUGCUCGCUCUUGAGGAAGAAUGUUUCACAGUGUGUGCUGUUACCGCUGGUCGUCUGACGAGAGGCUCGAUGGGAAGACGGUCGUCAUCACCGGAGCCAACACUGGGAUUGGCAAAGAGACAGCCAGGGACCUGGCAAGAAGAGGCGCACGCAUCGUCAUGGCGUGCAGAGACCUGGAGAGAGCGGAGGAAGCGCGGACGGACAUUUUGGAAGACACAGGAAAUGAGAAUAUCGUCAUCCGGAAACUGGAUCUGUCCGACACCAAGUCCAUCAGAGCGUUUGCUGAACUCGUCAUCAAAGAGGAGAGGCAGGUGAAUAUCCUGAUAAACAACGCGGGCAUCAUGAUGUGUCCCCACUCCAAGACCGCGGACGGGUUUGAGCUGCAGUUAGGGGUCAAUCAUUUGGGUCACUUCCUGUUGACUCACCUGCUGCUGGACCUCAUCAAGCGCUCGGCUCCGGCCCGUGUUGUGGUCGUGGCGUCGGUGGCCCACACCUGGACCGGCCUCCGACUCGAUGACAUCAACAGCGAGCAGAGUUAUGACACCAUGAAGGCCUACGGACAGAGCAAGCUGGCGAACGUCCUGUUUGCACGCUCGCUGGCCAAGCGGUUACAAGGUACAGGGGUGAGCGUGUUCUCCCUGCACCCGGGCGUGGUGCAGUCGGACCUGUGGCGGCACCAGCACCAGUGCAUCCAGGUGGCCGUGAAGAUUUUCAGGAUUUUCACCAAGACAACGGUGGAGGGAGCGCAGACCACCAUCUACUGCGCGGUGGAGCCCGGCCUGGAGAGCCAGAGCGGGGGGUACUUCAGUGACUGUGCCCCUGCAAGGUGCUCAAGAGCCGCCUCUGACGACGACUUAGCCGAGAAACUGUGGGAAGUCAGCUGCAACAUGCUUGGCAUCACCUGGCAGUGAACCGUGGAACAUGAACUGUGCAGUGAAGGACAAUACAUAUGCCACGUGUGGAUGUCAUCUUUGUAACGGCACCGUUAAGCACUUAUACAGGCAUUGUUGUUUCUCUUACUGUUGUGAAAUGAUGUUUUUCAUGACGUAUUUCAUGACUCAAAGUACAAUACUGUCCAAAACUUACUGAAUCUCUACCAAGGACUCCUUUGUUUUAGUUCUUUUUUAAUCUUUCAAGGAAUCUCAUGUUUUAUUAAACUGGUACUUAUCAAACAGGAUUUCAUAUUUUACCCAUGUAUCAAACUGUUUGUUAGCAUUCCUUGAUUGAGAUUGUUUUCAGUACUUUGGAAAGACAUUGAAUACAUUAUUUUUCUUUUUACUGUACUUUUACUAGUUUAUGUGGUUAUUCUUUGUACAGACGGUUUUUAUUGCAAAUGCCAUUUCUCCUAUGUCAAGAUGUUACUGUAGCUUCUAAACACAUUAGCCAGCAUUGUCUUGCUUUUGAUCACCCAUUCUGAACGCCUCUCUUACACUUUCCUUAGAAGAUUUUCAGUUUUGCAAUAUCCAGUUUAUCCAGGGGGGUCGUUUCUGGCACAGAUGAGAACAAUCUGGCUCCAAACGGCCUCUAAAAGUCCUUUCUCAGAGUAACAUUUGAAUGAAAUACUGUCGACUGUGGUUGACAGUUGAAAGCACUUACAGUUGUUGUCAAUAAGAAGUGGUUCCGGUUCUGCUUUUAUAGCGAGUAUUAAAAUGUGAUUUUAAUGAGAAGCAAGUAUCAAUGAACGGUUUCCGGGUGGCACGGUGUUACUGCCGGCUAGCCCAGGCCAUUUUUAUUGUGUGAGUUUCCUGUGGGCUACCAUUGCUUCUUGUGGUUAGGGUAAUUGGAGACUAAAUUGCUCAUUGGUGGGAAUGUGAGCAUGGAUAGUUGUUUGUCUCUACAUGUCAGCCCUGUGGCAGACUGGCGACCUAUGAUGUACCCCAGCUCCCUUGGCCAAUGUCAGCAGGGAUUGGCUCCAGCCUUCUACCCUUCAAGGAUGAGCGAUAUAGCUAAUGGAUGGAUGGAUGAACUGUUUCGUUGAAUUGCCUUGUAUGAUACAAUUUGCAGUUGCAGAAGCCUCUCCUGUCAGCCUGAGGAAGGAAAAACAUAAAAUGUUCCGUGACUGUACUGAGUUAAUAACUUGUAACCACAAUAUGCCUACAUGUGCUUGUAAUAAUAAUGUGGUUAUAUUGUGUCGCCAUGUAAAAGCGUCUCAUACUGGGAAUGUGGCAGCAUGUACAGAAUGUAAAAAUUAAAAAUGUUCAAAAGAAAAAAACAAAACU